AUGUCACGCGACACCUUAAAGACUUGCGAAUACGACCGUUGCGGCGGGUCCAUAGAUGAGAAGUUGGAGAAGAUCAGGGGAAUAAAGCGAAAGAUACGUACGGAAGAUGAAGAGCACGAAGAGUACCGGAAACGAUCCAAGUCUGUUGCAAAUCCUUCUGCCUCACCCGAAUACCUGAUCCCCUCUCCGUCUUCGUUAGACAGCGAUACUACAUGUGUAAAUGAGCUCAACAUUCCGUUGAACAAAGGAUUCUGGGACGAGUUUUUCGGAUAUACAGAGGAGUCACCAGAUGAGGAAGAUCAGGAACUGGGUGACGAGAACGAGCCGUUUGACACUAGGUUUUUGCCUCCCUCUGACUUGCAGAGUCCUGAAUGUCCAGAGACUUCACAUGUGACUGUGGGAGGAUACUGGGAUCUUGAUCAGCAGGUUGCACCUGAUUGCAUUGAGGAUAAAGGGACCAGUUUCUCGGUACACCAUGAGGAAUUACUACCGGAACAGAGGGCACGACGCAGCCUUGACAAAUGCAAGUCACUGUGGCAAGCAGCUUGUGUGGCUCGUGUAGAACAGAUCAUUGACGACUACCGCCAAGAAGCGAUAUGCGUGGCAGCUGAGCACUGUGUUCUACCCGCGGAGGAUACUGUGGCGCCAUCGGCUUGCACCCAUCGAUGGAGUUCUACGCUUGGACAGGGUAUUCCCGAGAGUGAGUGGGCGAAAAUGGGACUUUCUGUCUCGCCAUUCCAAAAUUUGAACACAGAUUGUGUCUCUUCGUCCAUGAGAAACGAAUCACUUCUCGGAUUGUCGUUCAUGUACUGCUCGCCGACUAAGCCAACCUCCAAUGGAUGCCAGGACGUCGCCAAUGCAAACGAUGAAGAACAUAGAUUGGAGCCUGUGGAUGUCAACUCACCACGAGAAUUGCCCAUUGGGAGUCUGCAGAAUCAUCCUGUACCAGUGGUGUCACUUCCGCGCUUGAAAACGAUUCGCGUACCCUACCUUUGCAAGUGGGAUUGGGAGUGUGAGAGCAUCUGUGGAACACCUGCACGGGUUUCCUCUGAUUUGCGCGGGGACGCAGAAACUCUCCGCCGAAGCCGCUCUCUUAAAUUUUAUCGUCCAGGCCAGAAUACUCCUCAAUGCGUGAUACAUGCCCUGUGA